AAGAGCAGAUGGGGGGGGGGAGGGCAUGUAGAUUGUGGAGACCAGACAUGCAGGGGAUGGGACCUUCCAGAAGUGGGCAUCUGUGGUGGGAGAGGAGCAGAAAUAUCCAUGCCAUGUGGAUGAUGAGGGCCUGCCUGGGCCCCUCACCCUGAGGUGGGGCAAAGAAAGUAUGGAUGCAAAGCUGGGUCAGGAAAAGCUGAAGCCUUCUGCAGACCCUGGGCAGAUCCUGUCUUGAUAGUCAGCUGCUGUGUCCAUUGCAGUCUCAAAAGAGACCCUGAGUUCUAGAAGAGGAAUCCUGGGACAGUCAGCAGGAAUCUGAGCCCUUUCAGCUGCCAUGUGUGGAAGCCAAAUCUCAGAUGACCCCAGCUCUAAUGAACGAAAUCUUGAGUAAUCAACAGCGUCCUUGUUCAUGGCUGCUGGAUAGAAAUUCCAACCACCAGCACCACCGCCUACAAUUCAGACGCCCCAGAUCUGAGAUGGGGAAGAUGGCCAGACACAUGCUGCUCCUGCUGCUGGCGGCCGCCCUGGCCCCGACCCGGACCCGCGCGGGCUCGCACUCGCUGCGGUAUUUCUCCACCAUCGUGUCCCGGCCUGGCCUCGGGGAGCCCCGGUUCAUCAUCGUCGCCUACGUGGACGACACGCAGUUAGCGUGCUUCGACAGCGACGCGGAGACUCCGAGACUGGAGCCGCGGACGCCGUGGGUGGAGCAGGUCGGACCGGAGUAUUGGGAGGAGCAGACACAGAGAGCCAAGAACAUCGAGCAGACUUUCCGAGUGAACCUGAGGACCGCGCUCCGCUACUACAACCAGAGCAAAAGCGACUCUCACACUUUCCAGUGGAUGUCCGGCUGUGUGGUGGGGUCGGACGGGCGCCUCCUUCGCGGGUACAGUCAGUUCGCCUACGACGGCCGCGAUUACAUCGCCCUGAACGACGACCUGACGACGUGGACGGCGGCGGACAAGGCGGCGCAGAUCACCCGGCGCAAGUGGGAGCAGGCUGGUGCAGCAGAGAGAGACAGGGCCUUCCUGGAGGGCGAGUGCGUGGCGUUGCUCGGCAGACUCCUGGAGAUAGGAAAGGACACGCUGCAGCGCACAGACCCUCACACUCUGCAGUGGAUGUACGGCUGCGACCUGGGGCCGGAUGGCCGCCUGCUCCGCGGGUACUGUCAGGAGGCCUAUGAUGGCCGGGAUUACAUCGCCCUGAAUGACGACCUGCGCUCCUGGACCACAAAGGACUUGGCCUCACAGAUCUCUAAGCGCAAUUUAGAGGACGUGGGCGAGGCCCACCACCAGAGGGCGUACCUGCUGGGCCUUUGCAUAGAGUGGCUGAAGAAAUACUUGGAGUUAGGGAAAGCCACCCUGCUGCACUCAGACCCACCAAAGACACAUGUGACCCAUCACUGCAUACAGAAAGGAGAUGUUACCCUGAGAUGCUGGGCCCUGGCCUUCUACCCUGCUGAGAUCUUCUUAACCUGGCAGUUGGAUGGGGAAGACUUGACUCAGGAAAUGGAGUUUGUAGAGACCAGACCUUCUGGGGAUGGAACCUUCCAGAAGUGGGCAGCUGUGGUGGUGCCUUCUGGGGAGGAGCAGAGAUACACAUGUCAUGUGGUCCAUGAGGGGCUGACUGAGCCCCUGACUCUGAGAUGGGAGCCUACUUUGUACCAGAAAUUCAGCAGGAAUGCCUUAAUCAGGAUUUUAAUCAACAUCGUCAUCGUCGUCAUCGUCGUCGUCAUCGUCAUCAUGCAUAUGAAGAAGGAUAAAGGUGGGAGAGAAAGGAGCACCACUCAGGAAGCAAGCAGGGACAGUCGCCAAGACUCUCGCGAGACUGCUGUGGAUGAUGAGGAGACGACGCCUCGGUUUUGGAGGACUGAGCACUAUGAGGAUCAUGCAGGCCACACCAGACAUUGUAGACCAAUCGAUUUGUCAUUCUAAAAAGGGUUUCUCUGUGAAACAAUCCUGGCUGUCCUAGAACUCACUCUAUAGACAAGGCUAGCCUCCAACUCAGGAAGAUCCACCUGCCUCUGCCUCCCACGGGCUGGGAUUAAAGGCAUGCGACGCCACCACCUGGCUCAGAAUGGAAUCUUUUGUUUUGAUUCCCAUCAGACAUCUUCAUGGUCAACUUGACUGAACUUAGAAUCGCCUAGGAGCCACCCCCUGGGUGUGUCUGUGAGGGUGUUUCUAGCCAGGUUUAACUGAGGAGGAAAGAGACGCUUUAACUGUAAGGUGGCCCAGUCAUCAGCUGGAGUCUCAGGAGAAAGGCAGCAGCGCACUGGAGUCCCCCUUCCUGUUUCCUGACCAGGACAUGAGCAGGCCAUCUCUCGCCACUGUGAACAGAGGUGGGCCCCACUCUCUUUCUGAAGACCUGACACCUAUCUCUUCCCUAAGUGGCUUCCCAUCAGAUCUCAUUUUGGAGCUCUGGGCCUCUUCUCAAUGCAGCAAUCACUCACAGUGAGGCCAGCAACACCACCACCUGAUGGAGAGCCUCAGAGUCACUGGGAUCUUGCUCUUUGUGGCAGCACCACCUGCAUCCAGUGCCUAAACUGCCACCUCCUGGACCGGAUGGAGGAGCUGCCAAGGCAGGUGCACCAGCCCCCACCCCACAACCCCACCUGCCACUGUGGCUUCAACUUGCCCCACAUUUUGCUAGCCAGCACCUCACAGCCAGAGAGGAUCAGGACCACCUUGAACUGCCUGGUGCAGGAAGGAGUUCAACACAGCCAGGAUCACAAUCCAGGGCAGCUGAGGGUCGCCAUUCCCUGGUUUGCAUGAGACCCAAACCAGAGGACACUUCUUCCAACACCUUGGAUUCAGUUUACUGUGGACCUGGGAGACCUCAGGCUGCUCCUCCAGUAAGAACCUCUGCUGAGUUCACUCUCACUAGAUUUCCAGGUCUGGGUCCCUGCAAUUUCAGCAAGUGAAAGAGCGAUGUCCCUGAGACUCCAUGGCAGGUCUGCAGGCACCUUUAGCUCCUACACAGCUUCAGGAGAGCCACCAAGCCAGCAACAGGCCAUGAACAGCCCACCUUGUGCAGUGCAGUCUGCAGGGUGCUGAGUCUCACCAGUGCAUCCAGCUGCAGGAGCUGGCUGUGGACACCCGGGAGCCCAGCAGACUCUGAUGCCUGUAGCUGUCCCAGAGGAGGACAAGGACUCAGAAGCUCAGGUCACAGAUGACAGCAGGGAGGACUUCACCCCUCUUCAUCCUGGCUGCCCUUGGUGCCUUUGCUCACCCAGCUCCCAGCUCUCAACCACCCCAGUUGCCCAGGUGAGCCCACGGCUGCUCUGCAUGUUGUGGCCCAUGUGGCUGCCCUGAGCUGGCUAUGGGCCUUGGAGUAAAGCUUGAACACCAGGGAAUCCAGAGAGAGGUUCCUGUGUGAGAGGUGGCCUGAUGGUGUGACCACAGUGACUUCAUGCUCAGCAGCUCUGCAGACUGUAAAGGUAAGUGCUGAAGAGGGAGGAAGGUGGCUGGCCAGUCCCCACCUGUGAAGACAGUGCAGGGAAGAAGCAGACAGUUCCUCAGGAGUCAGUCCCCUCAGCCCUGACCAGGACAUGGAUUUUCUUUGUUCUGCAAGUGAACCAACACUGCUGUUUCCUGCAGCACCUGGCAAUCCAACACUGCCUGAGUGAGAUGCUGAACUCCCCUGGGGUUCUUUGCAUUCUUUCCCUAGUAUUCAAAGCCAUAGUCUGGGGCUUCUGAGGUCUUGAGUUUGCAUAGUAAUCUGUGCAGUGAGCAAGCCACCAGAAAUUAGAGCGUCAAAUCCAGGUGUGGACUUGGAUUCUGAGGAGGAAUCCCAGGUUGGCCUCAGACAUCUGUGUUGAUGGGGACUCUAGAGAUGCCUUGAAAGUGACAGAGUUUUCUGGGUGUAUUCCAGGCAGCAACCAAAUCCAUCCUGGGAAAAUGAGAAUAAAAACGAGCAGCAAUGGAACCAUCAUGUGACCUUUGCUAGGUAUUCAGAGGAAAGAAACAGCCAUGCUCACAGAGUCAUAGACCACAGGGAACAAUGAGGCUAGAAAGGAAAGCCAGCAAUGCCAUGCUGACAGCAAGGAUGUGUGUGUGUGUGUGUGUGUGUCUGUGUGUGUGUGUCUGUGUCUGUGUGUCUGUGUCUGUGUGUCUGUGUCUGUGUGUCUGUGUCUGUGUGUCUGUGUGUGUUAGUGUGCGCGCGCAUGCUAAGGCUUGGGACCAUGCAUGAGCUUAUAUAAGUAUAAGAAGAUUAAGAGGAGUAUAGAUGGUAGAUGGAGAGAUGGCUCAGAGGGUAAGAACACUGGCUGCUCUUCCAGAGGGCUAGAGUUCAAUUCCCAGCAACCAUGUGGUGGCUUACUGCCAUCUGUAAUGAGAUCUGAUGCCCUCUUCUGGCCUGUAGGCAUAUAUGUAGACAGAACACUGUAUACAUAACAAAUAAAUAUUUAAAAAAAAAAAAGAGGAGUAUAGAUGAACAACUCUUAAUAUCUCAAAAAUGGCCGGGCAGUGGCGCACACCUUUCAUCCCAGAACUUGGGAGGCAGAGGCAGGAUGAUCCUUGUGAGUUUGAGGCCAGCCUGGGCUACAGAAUGAGUUCCAGGAAAGGAGCAAAUCUACACAGAGAAACUCUGCGGGGGUGGGGGGGGGGACACCUCAAAAAUGAAAGCAGGAAGUUGGUUGUUCCAGGGAAGUUAGAGAUCAGGACUUAUUAGCACAGUGGUGGAAACAUCUUCCCACAUCUCAGAAGACAAGGCAUUACAUCCACACAGGAAGAAUACUCCUAAGGAAUCAGGGACAGUGCAAGAAGUCACACUGAGAAGUGAGGAAGUUGUAGUAUGAAGGAAAUAUCAACAGGCAGGAAUCUGGCACUGAGGUGCCAGGACUGUUAUUCCCUAGUGCAGAUGGAACCCUUGAGGAGCCCGUUAGGACCUCCCCCCAUUGUGACUGGAGACCCUUGAGGAGCCUGUUAGGACCUCCCCCCAUUGUGACUGGAGACCCUUGAGGAGCCCAUUAGGACCUCCCCCCAUUGUGACUGGAGACUCUUGAGGAGCCCAUUAGGACCUCCCCCCAUUGUGACUGGAGACCCUUGAGGAGCCCAUUAGGACCUCACCCCAUUGUGACUGGAGACCCUUGAGGAGCCCAUUAGGACCUCCCCCCAUUGUGACUGCAGAGAGGACUAUGAAGAGCUUGGUGAGAGGAGGUGCAGUCUUCUCCAGGAGAGGGAGGGGCAGGACAAGGAGGAGUGUGGCUGGCAUGAUGAAUAUGCCCACAGAAUGGACUUCCUGUAGCCUUAAUACAAAUUGGGGUUUGGUCCACAAACCCUACCUUUGGCAAGACUGCACUCUCCACCGGCAAGCGAGAGGAGGUGAGAAAGGACAUUUGUGUACGUGCAGCCAUGAGAAUGGUGGAAGGCACAGAUCCACCCUGACAGGGGUUCCACAGAAAAUGGACCUUUUAUGCCAAAUGGAGGAGGCAGCAGCAAACAGGAUCCAGGCCAGUUUAGUCUCCAUAGAGAGUUCCAGGUCAGCUAAGGCCACAUAGUGAGACCUUAUCUCAAAAAUAAAUGAGUAACUACAUAACAAAAAAUAAAAACAACAAUAAAAAAAACUGUGUCUGGAGGAAAUUGUUAACUGGGUCCAUAAGAUUCGGGGCCUGGAUUCAGGGAGACAAUGUUAUACACAGGGCUCAUGCUGAGGAAAGAGGCAGGAUAAAGUUCCAUGUUCCUAAAAGUGGCUUUCAGAGUCUAGAGAGAGCUGAAGGGGUUAGGCUGGGAAGUGUAGACUUUUGGUUUCACUUCUUACUCUCUCAAUGGCU